AUGUCCUUUAAGUGCCUGCAGUGCAGCAAGUGCUUUAGUCUAGCAGGAGACCUAAGGAGUCAUCAAAGAGUUCACAAUGGGCAAAAGCCUUACAAAUGUAAAGAGUGUGGCAAGUGUUUUAGCCAAGACAGAACCCUAAGGAUUCAUGAAAGAGUUCACACUGGGGAAAAGCCUUAUGAAUGUAAACAAUGUGGCAAGUGUUUUAGCCGAGCAGAAACCCUAAGGAUUCAUGAAAGAGUUCACACUGGGGAAAAGCCUUAUGAAUGUAAACAAUGUGGCAAGUGUUUUAGCAGAGCAGGAAACCUAAGGACUCAUGAAAGAGUUCACACUGGGGAAAAGCCUUAUGAAUGUAAACAGUGUGACAAGUGUUUUAGCCGAUCAGGAGCCCUAAGGUUUCAUGAAAGAGUUCACACUGGAGAAAAGCCUUAUGAAUGUAAACAGUGUGACAAGUGUUUUAGCCAAGCAGGAAAUCUAAGGACUCAUGAAAGAGUUCACAAUGGGGAAAAGCCUUAUGAAUGUAAACAGUGUGGCAGGUGUUUUAGAAAUACAGGAACCCUAAGGAGUCAUGAAAGAGUUCACACUGGGGAAAAGCCUUAUGAAUGUAAACAUUGUGGCAAGUGUUUUAGAAAUGCAGGAACCUUAAGGAGGCAUGAAAGAGUUCACACUGGGGAAAAGCCUUGUGAAUGUAAGCAAUGUGGCAUGUGUUUUGGCCGAGCAGCAAACCUGAGGAGGCAUGAAAGAGUUCACACUGUGGAAAAGCGGUACGAAUGUAAACAGUGUGACAAGUGUUUUAAUGUAGCAGGACACCUAAGGAUUCAUGAAAGAGUUCACACUGGAGAAAAGCCUUACAAAUGUAAACUGUGUAGCAAGUGUUUUAGCCAUGCACCUAGCCUGAGGAGGCAUGAAAGAAUCCACACAGCACUCUAUUAAACAUUGGUGUCGAAGUUGUGCACUCUGUCAUCACUGCGAAACACAGCUGUUGGAAUUGUCAAGAGGAGAUGAGUUGUGAGGCUCUUCUUCUUCAACAUUAUGAAAACCAAGGAACCUAUGUUUGUGAAGAUGAUUCUGUCAGUUAAAAUACCCUCUCAUGUCUUUUGAGGUUUUCUUCUAUUGGUUACGUUUUGGUCUUUGAACAACAUUUUUAUGUGGCUUUAGAGCAUUUUCGUUGGUGUUAAACGACCCUUUCGGUUAAAGUCGCACAGCAGAAAUCGUACCAUUCCAGUGUAUUGAAUAUCAAGCACGGCAACAUUAACGCCGUUGUCUUACUGGACCUCAAAAAGGGAGUGCUUACCAUUUGUACGGAAAUUUCGGUGAAAAAUUUCGGUCAAAUGGUACUGGCAUUUUGUUUGGCACAGCAAAGAGGAACGGGAUUGAGUUGUACCAUUUACAAAAUACCGAUAAAUUUUUCUCUCCCUCUCAAGAUGAAGCCUGGCACGGUCGGUCGUGUCGGUAAAAACGGGAAAAAUGUAAUACCUCGAAAUGUAGUACUUGUUUUCCGGAAAAUUUCCACCGGGAUGAACCGUUCCAUUUGAACUCUCCCCGGAAUUUCCGGGUUUUCCAUACAAAUGGUAAUUUCUCAGGCUGUUGAUACGGUUGACCAUACCUCACGAUUAUCUAACCUUGACUGCGGUAUAACCGGCCCUGAAGGAGACAGGUUCAGAUCAUACCCUUCAAAGUUGAAUUGGGUACGCAAAGUCUGUAGCUUUUCGGUUUUAUUUGGCUGUUUGACGAAGUGAGAGCCGAAUCUCGCGAUUACUUCGAUUUCUUUGAUUUAUUCUUUAACUUGGCUUUCCCGGGGUUUGAACCGACUCACCUGUGUGACCCGUCAGAUCAGGGGAGACUCUAAGUUGAGGGAUUAGCCGAUUGCGCUACUGCGACCCAAGGUAGUUCGGAAUGUGAAAAAUAGUUAUGAAAUUAUGCACUAGUUUCGGGACAAGAUUGGGCGUGCAAGUUCGUGACUUUUCGGCUUGUUUCGACUAUUUCACGAAAUGAGACCGGACUAUUCUUGAGAUCACCUCGCGUUUAGUCUUUAAUUACGCGAGGAAUAAAUAGAGCAUAUUACGUGGCCGCGCAGAGACUAGACUUUCAAAAAAGUCCUUCGCCGGAUUUACAAGGCUCGCUCCGCUCGCCAAGAGGUCGACUUGUAGCAAGUCUACGCAGAGGCACGAAAUUUCUCUUCGAGUGUUGAAAAACAUUUCACGAGUGAGCCCUUCUUUCAAACUGCUUUGUGAUGAAUUUAAAGUUACAAAAUGCUGCAAAAAAGACGUUUUGUCUUUGUUGAGUGUUACGUAGUAAAAUUGCUUUAAUGCGUUGUGUGACUUUCUCGAACGUUCUCCAUGUUUUUGGAUUAUUCAUGAAUAUUUUUACAUUUCAGCAUGAGUCAGCAGAUUUGCAUCCGUUGCUGAAAUCAUAAAAUAUGUCGAAAAGCUACUACUGUUGGCGUGUUUAGUAUUUUCACGAACCUUAUGUCAAACGGUAUACAAGUUCCAAGCGAGUUCUUUUCACGAACUAAGUUUUUUCCCACGAGCUGAAGUGCUGGGUUUAGUCAAGUGUGACGAAGGUCGAUUUUCAAGUUCUGUGUUUACAAGUUGGCGGAAGCCGUAAGAUAUCUGAAGUUCAAGUAGUUUUACUUAAGUUCAAGUCAAGUCUUUGUUGGCGGAUGCUGCUUUUUAAAGCUCUGUAAAGGCUAUGUUCCUCUGGUAUUAAACUUCCUUGUGUUAAUCCGACGUCCCUGCGUGCUGAUAGUCAGUGAACAAUUAUCCUCAAAACAUUCGAACUCGUAACAUUGAGUUGCUCAACGUAAUUGACUCCUUACCCAUGCCUUACAUAUCUUUAAUCAGUACAUGAGAGUGCUAUGCUGUUUUUGACGCCUGCUGUGACUAAGAAAAAUAGAGAAUUCUUUUUCACUGUUUGUUUUGUAAGACUUGUUAUUCACCGCCAGUAACCUCAUAUUUGACUUAGGUCUAAACGUUUAGACCCAAGUCAAAUUUAGAAGGAUUUGUAUGGUGUCAUCAGAGCAUAACUGGGCCAAUGUCUCAGAGACAAUUUGUCCCGAAAUGCUAGUUUUUGGCAAGUAGGCCUCUUGGAUGUUGCUCUUUUCAGAAUAUCCUGACAAAUCCCAUAAUGUCACAAAUUAACACCUUACUCUUACCAUAUUUCAUUUCUUACUAUUCCUCCGCAUGUACACUUGAUCAGUUCCACAACCACGACGCCGAAGUGUCGCUCCGUAGCGUCUUGUUAAAGUAUUAAAGUUAUCUUACCUUAGCGUAAAUCCUCUAUUACCCCCACCCCUCCCCCCGCCGCUGGGGGGCUUAUUAAUUUCAAGUACGUUUGAGAGUAGUCUCCCUCGCAGCCUUUAUUGUGUCGUCACGCAACGCUCACUCCCAGCCGUUUUUGUCUCGUCACGCAACGCUCCUCCCCAACAAAUGGCUGCUGACAUUCGAACCACAUUUCUUUCCUGAAUUGAGCCAAUCACAGCUUUGGUUCUAUUUUCUGUAACUAUUUCGCACCAAAUAAUCCUUUAACAUGUUGUCCAAUCAUAGCCUGCUUUCUAUCGUAUCAUGUAUAGUUGUUCAGAUACGGCGCUGAUGAACUGGAAAACGUCAAAUCCAACAAAUAUCUUGGACUCAUAAUGAGUCCUUUUGGAAACUUUAAUCUCGCUAGGCAAGAGCUGAAGAAAGUUGCACUUUAAGCACUCUAUAAAUUACGGAAAGAGACGGGAAACCACUUCAAGAAAAUAUAAAAUUAACGAUGUAGUUAUUUGAUGCACUGAUAUCUCCCAUACUCUUUUAUGCGAGUGAAGUGUGGGUGAUUGAUUGCAAUGGACAAUUAGAAAAGGAUCCAGCAGAAUUAGUUCAAAAUAAAUUCCUAAAGUGGUUGCUGGGAGUUAAUAAAUACUGCAAUAACAAUGCGUACAGGGCUGAGACAGGAAGGUUCCCAAUGAGAAUUAAAGCCUAAUGUAGGAACUUUAAGUUCUAGUUAACCUUAACCAAAAAUGAAAACAAAUUAUCCCAAAUAGAAUACAUGACAUUGAAUGGAAAGAAAAUAAAGCUCUCUGGAGCAAAAAAACCAAAAGCUUAUUGGAACAGAUAGGAUAAGGAGAACUCUGGAUGACAGCACACUAUGCGGACAAGGGAAUCGUAAACAUGAUAAGGCAACGACUUAAGGAUAUCCAACUACAACUAGUAGUAAUCAAAGAUUAAUAAGUGCGUUCGAAGUUCAAUGAAUUUAGCUAAAAUCAUACAAAAACAGAGGAGGAAAUUAGUUGAGAGAUUAAAUGAGAAAGACGAAGUAUUUAAAGAGCAACAUGAACAAUAGCAACUUUAAUAGUGAAACCCAAAUAUGUAACCAAAGAUGUUUAUCUACUUAGUUACAAUGUAGUUUAGAUACUGAUUGUGGGAGACUAACUUUUGUAACAGUAACAUGAAUGAUAGUAACUUGAAUAGUUACAAGGGAUUGGUUAGUUGCAAGGGAAAAUGUAACAAAACAUGUUAGUCUACUCAGUAUCUUGAAAAACUGAAAAUGAUAGAGUAGAUUUUAUAACAACAACAUGAGGCUAUGAUGAAGUUCAAAAUGCUAUGAAAAUUAGAUUUUUCCAUGUCUAAACGUUUCGUGUCUGUGUGUCAUAGCAUUGUUUAACAAUUUUUCUUAACUUAACAGUAACCUGGAUGAUACUAACUCGAUUAGUCACAAGGUAAAAUGCAAUAAUUAAAACAUGUCAAUCUACUCAUUUACAAUGUAGUUCAGAUACUAAAUGAGUGAGACUAAUUUUUGUAACGGUAACAUGAAUAAUAGUAAAUUGAAUAGUUUCAAGAAAGUUAUGAAGUUGGUAAUGCUAUGAAACUUUUUGCAAUGUUUAAAAGUUCUGGUGUUUGCAUGUCAUACCAUNUUACUAAAGCAACAAAAUGAGAACCUACCCGGCGGUUAUAGACAGUUACAAAUGUGAAGAUUACCUACAUCAGGUCACCAAUACGCGACACAGAAUAGCUCUAACAAAAUUGCGACUUAGCAACCACAAAUUAGCCAUAGAGACAGGACGUUAUUCGAGACCGUUUAAGAAACCUGCGGAAAGAAUUUGCCCAAGCUGUAAAAUAGAAAUGGAGGACGAAUACCAUUUUCUAAAUAUAUGCCCUGCUUACCAGGAAAAAGAUGGUCGUUACUAGAUUAUUUUGAUGAAAGAAUAUAGAAUAAAAAAAAGCAGAAUGUCACCUAACAAAAUAUUCAUGUUUUUAAUAAACCCCCCCAGCGGAAAUGCUGAAAUACAAAAACUAAUAGCAAAACAUGUAUUCAAAUGCUUUGAAAAAAGGAAAGGGGUGAAGACGGCAAAAAGUAAAAGUAUUCUAGGACUUAAUUAAUAACUUAUUAGCCAUAUAUGGUUAGGAACUUUUUGUUGUUUGUAAUUUUAGUUAUUUGGAAAUAGUUGAUAUACUAUUUAUUGUAUGAGACUCCAAGUAAAUAAAAUAUGUAUAUGUAUGUAUGCCUUGGAUGGCAAAUUCCAGGGGGUGGGGACUCUUGAGCUGUCAAAUCCCCCGGGAUGGGGACGAAAAAGAAGGACAAGUGCCCCGUCCUCCGUCAAUACUGCAAUUUCUUUUUAUUGAUCGCACAGUCGAAUAGUGCCGUUUUAAGCAUUUUAAUGAGCGAUUUUUUUUCAAUUAACGUCUUCCUCUGUAAUAGCACUAGGAUUCUCAUUAAGACUUCACGCCACGUAGCCUGCGAAAACAUCCGUUUCUCCUCGCUCUUCGCCGCUGGGGACGUUCCGCGCGAAACGUCCCCAGCGGCGAAGAGCGAGGAGAAACGUAUGUUUUCGCAGGCUACACGCCACGACGACACGCACCAGUUUAUAAUUUUAGUACUGAUGUAAAAUUAUUGACAUUAAAAUUAACAGAGCGCUGUAACGUUAUAUGUUAUGAAUAGUUUUAUAAAUAUGAAGGGAUGCUUUUCAAAUAAUAUCAACAGAAAUUUGAUUCAAUGACCAAAAAACGUUGGUUCACGUCGAUAGUUGACUGGAUAGCUCCCGAUUUCGCUAUGUAAUUCUGGCUUGAUAAGCAAUGAAGAAAUGCAUGCUUAAAAUCAAGAACAUGCCUUUACAACCCUCUUCAAUUUUUCCCGCCCUUGACAGAUGAGCCAAUCUGCUUUCUUUAACAGUAAAAUCCUCUGUUUAGUUAUAUUCUGAUAGGGAACCGCGUGCGUGUCAAAGGCUCGGGAAUGGCCGCGGGGUUGCAAAUGCCCGGCCCACGGGCAGCACAAACUUUGCAAAUGCCCCAACCCCAGGACUAACAAGGCGGGCAAAUGCCCUGCAGUAGCCCAGGGGGGGCUGGGCGCAGCUGGAAUUGAAUGAUGCGUAAAGCAUUAUUUUUGUUUUUUGCAGUUCCAAUGAUUUUUUUAGAGACGCGCAUGCUUUUAUCUGGCCUUGUCUGGUCUGCCUCUACAUGCGACAGGACUGAAGGAAUAUGCUGGUAAUCAGGAGCUUUGGGUUAAUAAAACAGUUGGAAAGAAUGUGGUUCGAAUGUUGGGGAGGAGUGUUACGUGACAAGAUAAACACGGCUGCGAGGGAGACUCGUCUGAGGGCGGUUUAUUAGAGUGAGGGGAGGGGAGGGGAGGGGAGGGGGGGCGCUUAUUUAAUUUAGCGAAGAUGGUGGUAGCGCUCCUUAAAGAAGUAGAAUUCAAAGUGGAAAAGCUCAUGUAUGCAGCCGAGGAUCAAAAAUAAAUCCAAACUUCCAACACGUUAUAAUACUAUCCCGGUUCAGUCCAAAUGAACUUGUACAAUUUAUGUUUUCAUCUUUAUUAUAUUCCUGGCUAUUUACAGUAUAAUUGAUCUGGGAAGGGCGUGUGAAUGCAUCUGGCUACGGGCCUGGCCGAGGAUAAUUCUUUAGAAAAACCUCUUGCCUUCUCCCACGUCUUUGACCUCAGAGCUUUCGCGCCGCUGUAUGUCAACCACAAACGAAAAACACACCAAAUAACUACCUGAUGCGCACGCUACUUCAAAUAGUAGUGGAGAAAUGAACUUCUCGGGAAGCAACUGACGUACAUUUUAACGCCUUCGUAAAUUUCUAAGAUCAAUAUCAUUACCGCCUUUUUAUGUAGGCUAUUUAUUUAAGAGAUUGGUAUCGAGAACCAUUCGAGAUAAAAGUAAACAAGAGUAAGAAGGCGCGGGUCACGUAUUUGAAAAGAAAGGUUCCUCUAAAACUUCUUUUUACACUACUAAUGCAAAUAACGUUUCAGCGAAAAAUCAGUAAGAAACAAUAAUAUAAACCACAGUGUUCAGCACUUAUUCAACUGAAUGUUUGAAUCAAAGAAUAACCUUGGAAGGUGCAGAAAUUUCAGCCGAGAAAAAGUCUUACCGUCGAAUGCCAGGGAAACGAUGGAAAUAUCAGAAGUCAAGCCCGCGUGCGCCCGUUCCUUUUCCUGGCUUUGGGUGGAUGUUACGAACCCAGCCCACCCCAAACACUUGUAGAAAAUCAUAAAACGGCAGACUGAUCGUUGAAGCAAGGCGAUAAAGGGAAGCAAAGGUGGCGCAGUGGUGAGAGCACUCUCCUCCCAUCAAUUCAAAGUAGACAGACUGCAAAUCAUCUUAGUUGCUAAAAAAAUAUAUCUACGUGUCGCAACUGUUCAUCAGUAGGAUGCCUAAAAUGCGUGCAAUUCCACCAUUGGUUUCGGCUCCAUGUGGUCCGGCCCGGGUUCGAACGUAUGCCAUAUGCGAGUUGAUUUUUUUGUUGGUUCUUUCCCCGGGGUUCUCUCCGGGUACUCCGGUUUUCCCCUCUUCUUAAAAACCAACACUUUCAAAUUCCAAUUCCAUCUAAGAAAUCACGGACACGUUUCGACCAGAGUACUCCGUGAGUCAACAAAUUACAAAUUGUUUUAAUUUAUGAAGAAGUAAUCAAAAGGAAAAAACGAAAAAAAAUAUUUAAACAAAUAUAUAUUUUUUGUUCUAUUCCUUUGUUUACUUUUUAAUCGCCUUGGCGUCUUAUUAUUUUCUGCAAGUUACCGUAAAAAUCCGAAAAUAAGCCCAGGGGCUUAUAUUUCUCAAAGGCCCUUUUUGUGGGGCAUAUUUUUGGAGGGGCUUAUCUACGAAGGGAAAUUUGCGUUUCAAAAUCGAUUGGGCUAGCUUGAUAGUUAGAAGGAAAUUUACCGUUCUUGCUUUGUUUUACUAGUUUGAGGGCAAUUUCCAAGUACAAGCCCCGGGAGGGGCUUAUAUCUGGAGGGGCGAUUUAACGCAGGGUUUUUUGCGUUACGAAUUUGGAGGGGCUUACUUUCGGCAUUUUACGAUAUUAUGUAUUGAUCCAGGUCUACAACUUAACUGGGAGAUCUGGCACCACUCAACGGUUUGUCGCUGUAGACUGCUGAUAUUCAGGGCGUAAGAAGCUAGGGUAGCUUCUUACGCCCCGCUGAUAUUUUAUGUCUUGGCGCCCCAAUCACUCAUGACCGUCUCAUAUAUCUGGAAAAUGAUUUGCACGUGCAAGAAAGAGAAGCUAACUCCCGGGGAUAUCUGCUUCUGCUAAAAGUAGAUGUGUUGAAAGUAAAGACAUCCAGGCAAUCCAGUUCUCAGAAAUUGCUCACUAAAGACAAACAAAAUAAAGAAAAACCCGUGCGCACCCUUUCAUCAUGCAGCUUAGGUCCCCAGUCCCCACGGGUUUUUUCUUUCACACUGUCAAAAUCAAAAUGGCCGCUAUCGGACCGUGAUUUUUGAAUCCAUCAGUUCUUGGUUUUAUCUUCCUUCGUGUGAUUUGAUCAAAGUGACAAGAUCUUGUUACUAAAGGUAAGAACGUUUUCAAUACAUUAUGGAUAUAUUCAGUUGUGAAAGUCAAAUGAUAGCUGCUAGCUACUCGGAUGAGAACACACACACAUGAUCCCGAGUCCUACUACUUUCGGGCUCGAUAUCGGGCCAUCAGAUCCUAAUAACAACGGACCUGAACUUGGUUUCCCAGAUACAAAUAUCUAUCUGCUGUUUUUAAAUUGGGAGCAACUUCAGAAUACCCGGCCACAUCAUUCACAUUUGUCGGAACGCUUUAAAGAACGAGGUAUAACACAAUAGGCACUUUUGUUAUUCAAUGAUAUGCAAAGAAGUGGCCGGGUAUUCUGAUUUCCAAGCAUAUUACGUUGUUUGAUACCUAUCUGAAGGCUUCAAUAAGCUUUAAACUUAGCUUAUCAUGAUUUACUAUUCCAUCUAAAUGACGUUUGCUUUCCUAACACGGACGUCGAGCGUUGUCAUGUAUUAUCUUUGCCUUUGAAUACAGCCGUCUCUCCUCGCUCUUCACGGAUAGCAGGCUACUUGUAUCUAAGCAAUUUGGAAGAAAAUAGUUGUAUUCAAUAAGCGUCUUGUUUACUUUGUUGUUCAAUUCAAUGUCCACAUUAGUUAUCUACUGCGAUUUCUUACAACUAGUUGGAUUUUAUUAAAACAAUUAUUCCUCUCGCUUUCAUGGCCUCUGAGUCAAUAGCCCACACGGCUUUCGACCUCAUGGGCUAUUGACUCAGAGCCCAUUCAGGCUCGAAGAAUAAUAUUGUUUAUUAGUAUAUACACACUCAGUGAUCUUGGUAAUUCAAGCAAUCUGAUGGUCAGCUAUCUCGGACUAUGAUGUUAUAUUCACCGCGCUAGGCGGUGAUUAUAAAGUAGAACAAAAUCGCUGUCGGGAACUGGGUGUUUUGCCAAAGUUUCAUAGUAAAGCCUUUUUGAAAAUACACGAAUAUCCAAGUGCUGAUGACUUUGAAGGCAAGAAAAGACUUCAUGGUGUUUAAACAGCGUGAUUUAUUGUGAAGUGGUUUACUGUAGCUGACUUUUUGUACGCUCAUGUUUACCACUACAGAGGAAAACGAGGUCGCUUUGUCACUGUUUUGUGAUUUCGGGAUUCAGGUUCUCGCAAGACCAAUUUUGCCUAUAAAUAGAAGUUAAUUUAUGGAGAAAAGAGGAAGGCAAAUAUUUUCGAAAAUUGUAUGUGCCAGCAAGUUAACAAGGCAAAGACCUUUGGAGAUAAACAACGCUCAUCUUGAUCAUAGCCGCUGUUGACAGCAUUUGCAAGAAGCAACAAAGAAAACUUUCUCAUUGACGGUGAGUUGACAGAAACAAAUAAAGCUCUACUUUUCUUCUCAGAAUUGGGUGGUAAUUUAAAUUUUUGGCGUUUUCUUUUAAACCGUUGAUGCUAAAGCUUACAAAACUCGAUACAAAAAGAUUAAAACUAUCAUUUGCCAUGUUUGAAGAUACUGCAAAGAUCUAACUUUUGUGCAUCCACUAAUUACAGCUUCGUGUUCACGCAUGAACUCACCCUUCAAUCAAACUAAUCGUUUUUUAAUGGUUUCCUUUCUGAUUCUGUUGAGAUCACUUCGUGUGAAUAUACUAAAACAAGUAUUCACCUUUGGUGAAUAAUUGUUAAUUAUUAUUUGGACCAAAUGAAUAAGUGAUAGGUUGUAUUAAUAAAUCAAACUGUGACACUUCAUGUUAACUGAUCCAAAAACUUUUUCACCUGUGAGUCCUGUUUACCUUAAGCAUAAAAAUCCCCAAAGAUACAAAAUAAAUGCAUCCCAUAGGACACAAAGAUUGGUCAAGCAAUAUGAAGAUGUUUUUCUAGAAUAUCCUGUUUGCGUAAUUUCUGUGGUUGUUGUUAACGACGCAUAAUAAAUUUCUUUUAGUCUUUGUUGUACUUUAAAAUAGAAGGAGUAUAUUUUUAUUUCAGUAAACUGUAAUACAGAGGUUUGGAGUCUGUCUUUAGAUUAACUCCCUGGUUACAUAAAGGCCAAAGCAUUUUCAAUUUAGGGACGGUUCAUUAUUUAUAGAGAUGACCAGGUAGGGAAAAAAAUAAAAGCCUUCCUCCUUCUUUCUAAAUCCCACCAAAAAAGCACAAUGCUUUCUUUGCCCGUUCAGUAUUUGGGGUCAAAUUUUCCAAAGCCUACAUUCAAUUUGACACUGAUUUGAAGUGAGUAACUUGUGAAAAUCAUGGAAUGUUUAUUUACAACUGGAGCAACUAGUGUAUGGUCAGAUAUUUGGAACAAAUACCAUGACUUGGAAGAACCUUUGGAGUUUUCCAACCUGGCUAAAUAGAACUUCUUGUGAUGUAAAAGUUUCGCUGAAAGUGUUCAACAUUUUUUUUAAGGAAUAAGUUUCUACAAACCUGUGUUUAAAAUGUGUUGAGAACACAUUCGCGAGACGAUUCGAGAGGUCAUUCAAUACUAUGUUCCAGGUCUCUGUUGAAUCAGCAAGACAUGGAAAGACUGGUAACUAAUGCAAAAAUUAAACAAAUUUCUAUAUUAUACUACAUUGAUUUAUUAGAUUCUGUUAUAGUGACCUGUAUGAAAUUUUAAGAACAUCAACUGUUUGCAAACUCAAUCAAAACCAUAAAAUUCCUCUUCCUCUGAAUUGCUUUGAAAGACAAACCAUAUCUUAUCACUUUCAUUGAUGCUAUAACAUUCCCAUUUGCCAGAAGUUGUGUCUUACUCUGGGUCAGGCCCACUUGACAAUUCUGUAAGGACAAUAUCCUCCUCACUUUUUUCCUCCCCUGAGUUGUCAAUGUCUUUGCUGUUGUCUUUUGUCCCAUUUUCCUUUGCUUCCUCGUCAGUAGACUCAUUUAUGUUCCUGUUGAUCAUCCUCACCAUAAAGCACACACAACAAGAUUCGCCUUAUCUUUUCAGCUUUGGUGCUGUUGCUUAUGAGUUUGUAAUGUUUAAGAUAUUUAUUGAGCUCAGACACAAGCAACUUUUGUAAAUCUCCAGACUCCACGAGAUGGUGCUAGGCAUAUUCUUCAAAUGUUUUGGACAUCAAUUUAUGCUUUUGUUCUGUGCGCCCCCUUGUUCUCUUAAAAAUGCUGCUUUGUUGUUUGAGAUCUUCUAUAUUGAGCAAUAUACAUGUUUGUCUUGAUCAAGUGCGUCUCUAUGGCGGAAUUAUCUGAAAACUGCUGUAUCUCCUCUUCCGUUGAUAACAUGCCUGCAUUAAACAUUUUCUUUAUUUUUACACAUGGUUGAAAAUCAUCUGGCACUCGAGGUUGCCCUUUUCUGUGGUAGUUGGUGUCUCAUUGACCGAUUUAAAAUGGGUGGGAUUUUCAGGAUGUGGCACAGGCGGGGAAAUACGUUUCAUGGGCACCCGUUUCUUUAGCCUGCUUCUUCCUCUUCUUUUUUUUCUUUGCUUUUGGUGAUGCAUUUCACUAAAUUAAAUAACCCUCCCUCUCAAAUAAUCCUUACUCUCUGUUAAACAUGCUUUAAACAAAAUAAGCCCCCAGGGAGUUUAAAGGGGAUUUACAGUAAUACAGGUUCCACUAUUUUUUGUAUUAAAGCUGCAUGAUGAGCCUUAGUUACCAUUUAUAAAUGCGUGUUAUUUUACAAACCACAGGGAAGUCUCUGAUCCAAAUACACAGUAAACAAAUGAUUAAAUUAACCCUGUUGAUGGAUUCUCCAUGUUGAAGGGGUCAUGUAAAGUUGUAGUCAGUUUAUGACAGGUCUAAAACUACCUUUUCAUAGGCAGGUAUCUAAUUUUCCACAUCUUCCUAACAAAAAUAAUAUCAUUGUGCAUUUACCUGAGAAUGUUUCUUUUUCCUGCCAAAGGGUACCGUAACUAUAACACGUUAUAAGAAGAACAAACUCAAUGUCCUUUGAGUGCCUGCAGUGCAGCAAGUGCUUUAGUCUAGCAGAAAACCUAAGGACUCAUGAAAGAGUUCACACUGGGGAAAAGCCUUAUGAAUGUCAACAGUGUGGCAAGUGUUUUCGUGCAGCAGGACACCUAAAGGGACAUCAAAGGGCUCACACUGGGGAAAAGCCUUAUGAAUGUAAACAAUGUGGCCAGUGUUUUGGCCGAACAGGAGACCUAAGGAUUCAUGAAAGAGUUCACACUGGGGAAAAGCCUUACGAAUGUAAACAGUGUGGGAAGUGUUUUGGCCGAGCAGGACACCUAAGGAGUCAUGAAAGAGUUCACACUGGGGAAAAGCCUUAUGAAUGUAAACAAUGUGGCAAGUGUUUUAGCCGACCAGGAGAACUAAGGAUUCAUGAAAGAGUUCACACUGGGGAAAAGCCUUAUGAAUGUAAACAGUGCGGCAAGUGUUUUCGUGUAGCAGGACACCUAAAGGGACAUCAAAGGGUUCACAAUGGGGAAAAGCCUUAUGAAUGUAAACAAUGUGGCAAGUGUUUUAGCCAAGCAGGAGACCUAAGGAUUCAUGAAAGAGUUCACACUGGGGAAAAGCCUUAUGAAUGUAAACAAUGUGGCAAGUGUUUUAGCCAAGCAGGAAACCUAAGGAUUCAUGAAAGAGUUCACACUGGGAAAAAGCCUUAUGCAUGUAAACAAUGCGGCAAGUGUUUUAGCCAAGCAGGAAACCUAAGGACUCAUGAAAGAGUUCACACUGGGGAAAAGCCUUACGAAUGUAAACAAUGUGGCAAGUGUUUUGGCCAAGAAGGAGACCUAAGGAGUCACGAAAGAGUUCACACUGGGGAAAAGCCUUAUGAAUGUAAACAAUGUGGCAAGUGUUUCGGCCAAGCAGGACACCUAUGUAGUCAUGAAAGAGUUCACACUGGGGAAAAGCCUUAUGAAUGUAAACAAUGUGGCAAUUGUUUUGGCCAAGCAGGACACCUAUGUAGUCACGAAAGAGUUCACACUGGGGAAAGGCCUUAUGAAUGUAAACAGUGUGGCAAGCGUUUUAGCGGAGCAGGAGACCUAAGGAGUCAUGAAAGAGUUCACACUGGGGAAAAGCCUUAUGAAUGUAAACAGUGUGGCAAGUGUUUUAGCGGAGCAGGAGACCUAAGGAUUCGUGAAAGAGUUCACACUGGGAAAAAACCUUAUGAAUGUAAACAGUGUAGCAAGCGUUUCAAUGAAACAGGAAGGCUGAGGAAGCAGGUUGAGUCACGUAAAUGUUCCCGGAAAAACAAAAGUCUUUCUAAACAUUUGGAAUCGUGCAAGCUGAAGAGAGCGGGAGGAAAAAAUGUUAAUGCUAGAGCCGAAGGAUUUACAAACAACCUUCAAACACAGAGGGAGACUGGAAACACUAAUCUAGCAGAUGCACAAGUGGUCAUUUUUGAGGAUUACAGCUGCUGGAUUUGUCAAGAGGAGAUGAGUAGUGAGGCUCUUCUUCUUCAACAUUAUGAAAAUCAUAUGACCUAUGUUUGUGAAGAUGACUCUUAA